AGUUGCGCGGGGCAGUCACAGCCUCACGAUCAGACUAGGAUUGAACACGUUAGCGGCGGGAACUAAUCGCGUAACGUCAUCCAAAUUGAUGGCAAUUGUUCUUGAUAAGUAUCAACAUCUCAAUCCAUCUGACUUUUCUACUACAUUGUUCUUAAUUCCAGUUCCAACGCGUUUGUGAUACUUUGUCAGCUCAGCGUCCAUUGAGCCUGCUAGAGCCUGCAGAGCCAUACGCAGGGGUCAUGAUAUCCACGCGUGCUUUUCCCAACACUAUCUUGAAAGCAGUCACUAGGCGGCAUUUCUCAUCGAGUAUAAGACGAGAUGCCGACUUCACACAUGCUGUGAUUGGUGGUGGUGUCAUUGGGCUGGCGAUAGCACGGAAACUGCAGGGAAGAGACGGUGCAUCAACAGUGUUGAUUGAGAAGCACGGAUCCGUUGGUACAGAGACAAGUUCAAGAAACAGCGAGGUGAUACACGCAGGCCUUUACUACGGCACCGACUCACUCAAGACAAAACUUUGCCUACGAGGCAAGGAGAUGAUGUAUGACCUAUGCCGGAAGCAUUCCAUCCCGCACCGCAACACAGGUAAAUGGAUCGUGGCCCAAGAUUCCGCCCAAUACGACGCGAUAAGCAAGGUCCAUGAGUUCGCUUCAAGCGUCGGCGUGCCAACACGAUUCCUGUCAAGCAAAGAAGCGAAAGAGCGGGAACCGGAUGUCCGCGCUGAAGCCGGUGUACUGGAGAGCUCAUCAACAGGCAUAGUAGACUCACACAGCCUGAUGCAGUUUCUCGAGGGUGAUUUCGAGAACAAGGACGGUGUAUGCGCCUUCCAAAGUGAAGUCAUCCGCGUGGAACCCGUAGACGCCGGGCGCAGGGGCUGGGAAAUCACGACCAAAAGCCCCGACGGCGAGGAGACAACCAUCACAGCCGAGACGAUUAUCAACUCCGCAGGGUUGUAUGCCGUGGCCAUAUCGAACAUGAUCCUUCCCGAAGACAGACAGCGGAAAGCAUUCUACGCUAAGGGAAGCUACUUCAGCUACUCCUCCUCGCGCCCCAAGCCCAGCACCCUGAUCUACCCCGCCCCGGUCCCCGGCCACGGCGGCUUGGGUACGCAUCUGACGCUCGACAUGGGUGGGCGUGUGCGCUUCGGGCCAGAUGUGGAGUGGACCGAGUCGCCAACGGACUACACGCCGAACAGCAAAAAUCUGAAGGCCGCCAUCGACGAUAUUCAGACUUAUCUGCCGGGAGUUGACAGGGAUUCUAUUACGCCAGACUACGUAGGGAUACGACCAAAACUAGGUCGGCUGGCGGCAACGAGCGGCAAGGAUUUCCAAGACUUUUACAUCGUUAAGGAGGAAGGGUUCGAGGGGUUCGUGAAUUUGUUGGCCAUGGAAAGUCCAGGGUUGACGAGUAGUCUGGCGAUUGCGGAGGAAGUAGAGAGUCAAUUGUACAAGUAGGGAAUGAAAAGAGCCGAAGUAGGUUCACCGCAGUACGUUACUUGGGACACUUUGGAAUACCUACGUGUCUGCGAACCUUUCCCGCUCAUGCUCUAGCCAACGUCUAAGAUCAGAUCAAACGGCCUCAAACUGGCGCAUCAUGAGUAUCACGCAGAACGGAUCAUUCUUGUAGGAUUAUUGGGGUUGGGCCCUUAUGUUGAGGCAGAACCAUGGUACUGGCUUCAGGGCUUCAGGGUGUCU